AGACAAGGUUCUACGUCACCACACCCAUCUCCCUCCCUCUCAGACUGGUAUCUCUACUGAUCCUCAACAACACCAUGCUUGUUAUGGAGGUGGUAUCACUCCUGGGCCUCGUCAGGUUCAUAGCAGUAGGGUUCCCACUCCUCUACCGACACUACACAGCGUAUAUAAAACUAGUCUUCACAGCACUGCUGGUCUCACUAACCCUCAUAAUCCUGGGACUAAAUCUAGACUAUUUCGGAUAUUUCGGGGCAGGUGUGUACUGGAUCAGCGUGGUACAGUGGUUGGCGUGUAGCGAGAAUUCCACCCCUAUCUCCACACUAAACCUCUACAUACCUGCCGCUGGGCUGAUCCUAGCUGCGCUCACUUCAACAGCUACUGUGUUCUGUUUAGUGAGAUCAGAUGACAGGGCCGCUCACUCUAGAGGAAGUGUUACUGUCGUGCUUAUGAAUCUAGGUCUCAUCAUUUAUCUUGCUCUUAUCUUCGUAGCGACUGUAUACCUUCCGUAUGGUAAGGAUACUAUGCUCAGAUAUCUGGAGACAGAGGAGUAUGAAGUGUACUAUUUCUACUACUUUGUGGGAACCUACAUGCCCCUUCUUCUUGCAGUUUACAACCCACUGGUAGUGGCUACAAGAUGUCAAGGAAUAAAAAGUAUGGCAGCUAAGUGGCUACUCAGUGUUUUCUCUUUGUGUAGAGUUAAAGUUGGGGAUGAAAACCGGUUCUUUAAAUAUGUGAGGGAUCAUUUAACCAGAACUCAGCAAAAACAGGAUAGUACUUGUGAUAUAUGAUCUGAGAGCAAACUUCUUUAUCUGAUCUGAUUAACUUUCAAUUUUAGAAAUGUAUACUGUAUAAUUUGUAUGUAUUCGAUGGCUGAAUAAUGAAUAAUGACCAAUAUUUUUGAAUCAUUUCAUAUCAGAUUUGUUUUACACAGAACUCUGAUAGUUUCAAAUGGAUUUUUUGAUAUUUAAAUUUUAAUUCAUGUAAAGAGAUUUUCAAUAUUAAACUUGCAUAGUUGAUAGUAUCAGUUUUUAUUCAGUCGAUUGAUCCAUUUUAUUCCUUAUCAAAUUUAUUAAUUCUCAUAU